AUGUCAUCUUCCGACUUGUCCGAUCAGAUGUUGAUUCCGGCGACAAGCUCUCGUCAUGGGCUGGCGAAGACACAAGUGGACUGGACAUCUCACAAUGUGUACGCGUGCUUGGUUUGUGGCAAGUACUACCAGGGCCGGGGCAGCAACACACAUGCGCACACUCACAGCGUCACACAGAAUCACCACGUGUUCAUCAACCUUGGCACGAAGAAGUUCUACUGCCUGCCUGAUUGCUAUGAGAUCAUAGACUCCUCAUUACAGGAUAUCCUGGAUUUACUCGAUCCGCUGUAUACGCCUCAAUCAAUCAACGCACUGAACACUAUCACCGUAAAAGCUCGUGCAAGGGACGGCUCCAGGUAUCUCCCAGGCAUUAUUGGACUAAACAACAUCAAGAAAAACGACUACAUGAACGUCGUAGUACAGGCUCUCACGCAGAUAACGGACCUUCGUGACUUCUUCCUUUCCAGCGAAAAUACUAAAAACCUAAAGGAACCCUUGGCUGUCCGUACCGGGGAGCUGUUCCGAAAAGUGUGGAGUUCUCACCACUACAGGCCGCAUGUGAGUCCCCACGAACUAUGCCAGGCCAUUGUGAAUACGAGCAACAAACGGUUCACCAUCACCAAGCAGAGCUUCGCCGUCGACUUUAUGGCGUGGUAUCUGAAUACCCUCAAUACACAGCUGUCAAAGGCAAAGCACAAGCCGUCUCGCUCAACCAUUGUCAGCGACUGCUUCCAGGGCAUCAUGGAGGUAACCGAACGACGGUUGCGUGCUUCAGAGUUGCUUAACGACGAGGUACUACAGGAGCGUGCUGCCCUGGCCGAGAAAGACACGAAGACUGAUUUCUCAGUAAAGAAACGGGAUAUGCCAUUCAUGUUCCUAACUCUCGACGUACCCCCGGCGCCACUAUUCACUGACGCCGAAGGAGCGAAUGUGAUUCCCCAAAUACCACUCUACACCCUAUUUGAAAAAUUCAAUGGAACCACAGAGCAAUCACGUGAUGGAAAGGGAUUUAUCUACAAAAUCAAGCAGCUGCCGAGAUAUCUCAUAGUCUAUAUCAAGCGCUUCACUAAAAAUAACUUCUUCUUGGAAAAGAACCCAACUAUUGUGAACUUCCCCGUGAAGAAUCUCGAUCUUAAAGACUUUGUGGGCGACAAGUAUACAUCGGAGACACGGUAUGAUUUGGUGGCUAAUAUUGUGAGAGACGGACCCCCCGACCGAGGGUCGUACCGUGUGCAUGUGCUGCACAAAGGACGAGGGCAGGGCACAGACUCGUGGUUUCAGAUUGAGGAUCUGAUAAUCUCCAAUAUUCUGCCUCAGGUCAUCACCCUGUCGGAAGCAUAUCUACAGAUCUACCAACUACGGACAUAG